AAGUACACAAUUCCACAAGGAGUUGGAUUGUUCGGAUACCAACCUGAACCAGAAGAACUUCCAAUGAGGUUGCAAGAACUUCAAGAUGCUAUAAACAAACUUCCAUUGAGACAUCCAAUUGACGUCAAAUUGUAUUGGAGAGCAUCUGAGUUAGGUCAGAAGGUUUUAUAUGAAACAGGUUGCUUCGACGAUGUUUAUGAGAUAACAGGAGAAGUUUCUCAGAAGAUAAGAGACUCACUUGAAUUUCCACAAACUGGACCAAUUGGUUGCGACAAGUUCGACUCAAACGAAAAGAUAUACUAUGUCGACCUUAACGCUGCAUACAUGAGGUUUGUCCAAUAUAUUCCGACUGGAAUUCCAAACGAAGAUGGUGAGUUCCCGGGAAGGAACUAUACAGUUGGAAAAGUCAUACAACAACUGUAUGAUAUUAGGAAAGCUUCAAACCCCAAACUUGCAAUGACACUCAAAUUGCUUAUGAAUUCGACAUGGGGAUAUUCCAUUAAGAAACCUCAAGAGAUGAAGAGUAAACAUUAUGAGAAGGUCGACAACUUUGUUGAAAGGUUUUCUCCUUUUGUUUUGAAGUACGAAUUCACUCAAGGUCAAAGUGGCUUAGUAACCACAUUAAAACCUAUUGUCGAACAUUGGUCUUACCCUCAGUUCGCAAAAGCAGUCCUUGACAACUACAACAAAUUCUUCUCCGAAGUCAAAUCCAAAGUGAAGGUUUACUAUGAGAACAUUGACGCACUCAUGACGAACGAAGAAGGAUACAACAAACUCAUUGAAAUGGGUUUAGUCGGUGAGAAGAUGGGCUGUUUUAAGCUAGAUAAGGUAUUUUCCGAAGUUCAUGUAAUAUCGAAAAGGAAAUAUUGGGGCAUACUUGAAGACGGCACAGAAAUAAAACAUUGCAUGAAAUAA